UGACAUCCACACAGGCACCAUGUUUUAAACCAAAUGAAGGAUGAAAUACAAAUACAUACAAAUAAUAACUUAGAAAUAGGUUAAUUUUGCUGGGGUCAAUGGGGAGAUUCAUAACCCGACAGCAUCUUUUCCAAAUGCGUUGCCAUGACAUUUCCGUUGUUCACGUGUUCCAUUAACCUGUUAACGGAAUCUCUCAGGCUAGCUCUUCUGGAAUAUCAGUCGGUCUGUAAAGCUACGUGGUUGCCUGCAUUGAGAGCGCAACAAAAGCAACAUAUGAACUUGAUGAAGAAUAUCUCUUCAGAGGCCAGGUCCUCUACUGAUGAAAACAAUCAGAAACCAAAUGGACACCAGGCCCCUGCUGUAAAGGCUGCUGUUGGCACGAAGAGUGGCUCUCCAGAGGAGGCUUACAAUAGAAACCAGGGGCGUGUGGAAGAUCAGAUUAAUGAGGAACACCUCAAGCGCAUUGAGGCCAUGUUCCACGAGGCAGACUUAGAUGGGGAGGGAGGACUGGAUAUGGAGGAGUUUCGCGAGGCCAUCAAGAAGAUCAUGGGUGACAUUGAUGAUGAAGACGUGGACAUCAUCUUCAUGAAGGUGGACACCAACUGUGACGGCCAUGUGGACUGGGAUGAAUAUCUGAAUUACAUGCUGUUGGAGUACAGAGAGAAGGACUCCUUCCAGAAGCUGAACCGCGCCCUCUACUUCCCCACACCCCUGCAGACUGGCUCUAUUGAUCACCGUGAACCCAUCGUCCGGCUGCAGUUCUUCCCCUUCCAGGUGCCGCAGGGCAGGGCCGUGCCAAAAACCCGCAACCAGCUGGGACACUACCUGUCCGUCAGCCAAGACGGCAUCCUCAACUACUGGAGCGAGAGGUUCACAGUGACACGCACUGUCAAUCUGGACCAGCUUAAGCGGACUCCACCCUUCAGCUCCCACCAGCAGAUGUGGGUGACAGACAUGAUCUGCCUGAGCAACCUGAAUCAGCUGGCCCUCGCCUCCACUAGAAGACAUCUGGAGUUCUAUGACAUCAGCGCCAAAAAGUGUGACAUUCUGUUCUCUUUGACUGGGCUGGAGGGCUAUGUGGAGGUCAUGGAUUACUGGUCAGAUGAAACUAAAGGAGUGUUCUCUAUAGCGGAUGAUAAGGGCUUUGUGUCUGUUUUCAUCUCUAAUGAUGUGCUCCAGUUUGGACUGUUCAGCAUUGCAGCCUUCAAGUCUGUCUCAGGGGGUAAUUGCCAGAUCCCUAUUCCAGUUCUACUAAAGAAUACAUCCAAGAAUUUCCUGUGCUUCAAAGUGGCCGUGCACAAUAACUGUUGCCAUCAAAUCCGCUUCCUACACGAGUUGAACGCUGUCGCCACCUGUAGUUCCUCUGACCACACAUCCAUGGUGAUUACGACAGUGCCUCCGUCUCAGAAGGCUAAGAUCCAAAACUCAGCCUUUCAGGUAAGGAGGGGAAUCCUGUGUUUUGACUACUCUCCCGAGUUGAAUAUCCUGGUAAGCGGAGGCCUCGAUGGCGUUGUGAGGAUCUGGAACCCGUAUUUGACCCGCUGUGCAACCUCUCAUAUGAAAGGUCACUCUGCAGCCAUCACACACAUCAUGGUCAAUGGAGAAGACAACAAGGUCAUCAGCGUCUCCAAAGACAAGAAUGUGCGUGUGUGGGACCUCGAGGACUGUGCCUGUCUCCAGAGCGUCCCUUCCGGGAAUGUGACCAUGGGUCACCUCCCCAUCUCCAGUGUCCACUACAACAGGCACUCUAACACCCUGCUGCUGGCCACGUCCAUGAUAGGGGUUCUGCAUGGAGCGGUGGACCAUGUGGAAGGACUUCACCAGCUGAAGACGACACACGAGCAGCAGCUCUGUGCUGCCCUUUAUAAUUGUAACUUUAAACAAGUGGUGAGUGGCUGCCACGCUGGCGUGGUUAGCGUCUGGGAGAUCCUGACCGGGGAGAGGGUGAUGCAGUUCCAGACGUCCCCGGCGGAGAAGGCCGUGGAGGUGACAGCCAUGGCGUUCGAUGGACCCAAACGUCGCCUCAUCACAGGGUCCAAGGACGGCGCCCUGCGUCUGUGGAACUUCAACAACGGCGCGCUGCUGGCCACACUGCCGGCCCAGGACGACAGCGAGGUGACAGGGAUCCACUAUAUCAACCAGAGGAUCUAUGUCUCCGGCUGGAGUAAGAGAGUCAUGUGGUACCUGGAUGUCAAGGAGGACAUGGAGUUGGAGUACCGUGUCUGGAACCAGUACCACACUGAGGACAUCUACUCCAUGCAUGCCGACGGCAAGAAGAUGCUGGUGACCGCCUCCUACAGUGGUGACAUCGUUGUCUGGAACAUCGACUCGGGGCAGGCCUUCUGCCGCUUCAAUGCCUACGAGAGCCCGAGACCGCUGCUGCCAAUUCGGGUGAUUGACAGGGCGGCCGUUGACAGAUUCAAGGCUUCAGUGUCUCAGGGCUUGUUUGAUGAGAGCAACCAGACUCAGCACAGGCUCUCAGCAGGGCCCAGUGCACCUCCUUCUCCUCAGGGGGACAAGGAUAGUUCCUGUGGCAGCGCCAUUAAAAUGAUCCAGGAGGUGUCUGGCGCUGAGAAAAACAUUGUGGUGAAAACACCCCAGAAGUUGCCAAAACAGAGGCAGAAGUUUGUUGCUCAGGUGCCAAUGAGAGAGUUAGAGAAACCAAGACAGGCUGUGGAGAAGGUUAUUUUCCUCUGUAGCCGGGAGCGGAACCCGGACACGGCCAUACUGCUGAGCAGCGCAGCUGAUGGGUUUGUGUACGCCUGGUCCACCCACCACCAGGGGGGGCUGCUGGGCAAGUUCUGCGCAGUCCACUUAGAAGACACAGCCGUCAUCUCUAUGGCAACAGACCAGCAGGACCAGGUGCUGUUUACUGGGGACAGCGCAGGCUAUAUCACGCUGUGGGACAUAGAGAGGUACAGCGUCUGCAUGCCACGGGAUGAGGAGGGCAUGACCCCUCAGCAGAAGGCUGUCCACCUUCGGAGCCUCAUCCCUGCGUAUUGCAAAGUGACCGGUCCUCGACGGGUGAAUACGGAGGCCAGGACCGAGGCGUUGGGCGGCUGGAGCGUCUGCCUGACCCCUCCGCCCCUCCUCAACUCCUGGCGGGGUCACUUGAAGGGCGUCGUCAGUGUCGAGUAUGUGGAGCGCUUCCAGCUCGUCAUCACCGCCAGCCUGGACCGCGACGUGCGCCUGUGGAACGUCACGGGUCAAUAUAUAGGCACAUUUGGCCAGGACCGGUGGUGUGUGGGGGACCCCCAUGCCUCACCCACGGUACUGCCAGCAGACCUGAGGAGAGUGGCCUCCUACCAGACCCUCAAAGUGCUCAACCGGGGAAAACAACCCCACUGGAACUGUGCUAAGCGAAUCCUGGAGACACUGAGGCAGCUGAAGCUCCUGCAUGCAACCACAGCCGACACCUGUAGGAACGCUGCCUCCAACCCGCAGGAGCUGGAUCAGUUAGACCCGCACCUUGUCCAAUACAGCAAUGACCAGUUUGAGGACACUUGGCUGCACUGGAAGGAGACAAGCCAAAAGGAACCUCCACAGAAAACCCAGGGCGGGGCAGACAUGCAGGGCAACCAGAGGUGUUUUAGCACGGCGAAAGGGGCCCACAGUUUGUGUACUGCGUUGGCAGCGUCGCCUAGGGAGCCGACUGGCUCGGACUGCUCCGACGGCCAGUGAUUUGACGAGUUCUCCUUCUGCCUGCCUCUGGAGGAACAGUUUUAAUAAACUACAUGUGCAGUUG